CAAAUUAUUAAUAAUAAUAAUAAUAAUAAUAAUAAUAAUAAUAAUAAUAAUAAUAAUAAAAGUUACAUUGUGUUUUAUUGUCUGGUUAUUUUUGAUCCCGGACACUGACUGUGACUGACAGCUGACAUGAAGACUCACUGCAGGAGCGGUGCGGUGACUCUGAGCUGGUGUCUGCUCUGGAUCUCUCUGCAGCCGGACCUGUUUCCCCAGGCGUCGGCCGUCAACCUGCGGCGCUUCAUCGGCUGUGCGGUGCGGGAGUUCACCUUCCUGGCCAGGAAGCCGGGCUGCGGAGGCCUGCACAUCACCACCGACGCCUGCUGGGGGCGCUGCGAGACCUGGGAGAAGCCCAUCCUGGAGCCGCCCUACAUCGAGUCCCACCAGCGCGUCUGCACCUACAACGAGACCCGGCUGGUCACGGUGAAGCUGCCGAGCUGCCAGGCCGGCGUGGACCCGGCGUACACGUACCCGGUGGCGCUGCGCUGCGACUGCGCCGUGUGUCAGACCAGCACCACCGAAUGCAUCACGUCGGUGUGAAAUCCAGACGGAUGUUGGGGAGUGUGACCUGCUCGUUUACGAUUUCUCUGCUUGGCUGAGAUAGUCCAGGGGCCACCGUUAGUCCAGGGGCCAGAGCCCAAAAUUUCACUUGUCAGCACCACUCAAGGUGAC